AUGCCCAAGGGGGAGGGGGAGGGGGGGCGCGUGGCCGUGAUCGUGCCGGCAUGGGUUGAACACCAGAGCGUCGCCACCGUGGGUUCGGGCGCCUGGCAGCACCUAGAGCUCCCGCGGGAACGGAGCCGGGCCCCCCUUCCCCCUCUGCGGCUGCUGUCGCUGGUCCUGAAGGUGCCAAUGGAGGCUCAGAUGCGGGGCUCUCUCUGGUGGAGUGUGCUGCUGGUUUUCUCUCUUGCCGUUGUCAGAGGCGUUGAGGCCGCAGGAGCCGAGCACCCCUUCGUGCCACCACUGCUGCAACAACAGCCCCUCAAGCUUCUGCACAGACUCUCCAAACUCAAAACUCUGUCAGGAUUUUCCAAGGCGAGGAGGUUGUUGCAGCUCGAUACUCCACUGUGCUUCUGGGAUCUGGAGGACUCAUGCCAGGCCCGCGUCUGGGCGGAUGUUGAAGAUUCUGAAAUCUUCCGUUUAUAUGACACUAAUGAGGAGUGCUCAAAGCUUUCCUCCAAGGAUGACUGCCUUGACGCUCCUGAUUGCUUGUGGCAUGUACCCGAUAAAUCCAUUGAAGACAGUGGAGCCAGCGAAGCCAGUGAAGCCGUAUGCCGCGGCGAUAUCAUUGCUGACGUGGCAGACUGCUAUCGGCCUGGAAUUCUGGCCUUAAUCCGACUGGAUCAGUGCGGAAUGCUGCCUCGAGAAUCAAAAUGCCAUGCCUUACCAGGAUGCGCGUGGAACGAAACCAAUGCCGUGUGCCAGGAGGAUGCAGAUGUGCUGAUUGCGUUUUCAAAGGUGCAGAAGAACGCUCUCUCCUUCUCUAGGGGGAGGGAUGAAGUGUGCGAGCAAGUCUCUCCCUGUGUGCUUCCGUGCGAAGAAGGGGACUCAGGAGGCUGCGUGCCUCUUCCCGUUUACGAUCCUUCAGCCUGGCUAUCCCCAAAUGCGACGUCGAAUUUGUGUCAGCUCUUUGCGCUGGCGUACGGAUGUUCUUCCACUCCUGCGGAUUCCAGGUGCACGGGGGCUUGCGAUAUUGACGAAGAAAAAGGAAAAUGCAGGAUGACCCAGAAGGCAGCCGUCGAACAUAUGUACGCAUCCUCAAAGGCCGACAAGGAAAAGUGGCUAAAAGCCGGCAAGGCUUGUUCCGCUAUCGAAGACCCGGACGAAUGCAGGUCCUUCACAGGCGGCAAGUAA